AUGAUGGCCGAUCCCCUAGGACCAUCAUUUGCCAGCGGUGCCGUCGUACCCAAGAGGCCAAAGAUUGUUAAGCACAAAAAGAUUGCGAUCAUAGAACAUCAUUCUAUGCCAACGAUCAUAGAACAUCACCCUAUGCCUACGAUCCUAGAACAUCACCCUAUGCCUACGAUCCUAGAACAUCAUCCUAUGCCUACGAUCAUAGAACAUCAUCCUAUGCAUGCUGCAGCAGUUAUUCGACGCUUUUUCAAACCCAUACCGCACAUAGUGCACGACCAAGAUCUAGACGAUGGAAUGGCAAGAAAAAAGAGAUCAGUUCCUUAG